ACACUGCUAAUACAGCUAAUUAGAUGGCCGGAACACAAGAAACCGGAAAUGGGAAAAAGGUGGUGGUUAUCGGCGGUGGUGUGGCUGGUUCUUUAGCUGCUAAGUCUCUGCAAUUCGUUUCUCAACUCACUCUCAUUGAUCCGUGAGAUCUGAUUGGUGUAAGUUUGGGGGUCUGGAUCACGGAGAUAGGCCGUGCGAUAGGAAUGAGUUUAACAGUGUAUAUCUGCUUUAUGGUGGAUUUGGAUGUGGUUUAAUCGUAGAUUUUUGUUUACGGGGAUUGCUUACUAGAUGUCAUCCGAUGGGAAUGAGUUUAAUGGUUUAGAUCUGGAUUUUGUGCGAGUCGUAAUUUGUGAAUUUAUCGAUUCAGAUUUUGGUUACUUGCUCUGAGAAAAGAAUAUUUUGAGAUUCCAUGGGCAAACUUGAGGGCAAUGGUAGAGCCAUCAUUUGCUGAGAGAUCAGUAAUCUACCACAAGGAUUACCUCACAAAUGGUAAUAUUGUUACAUCCAAAGCUAUCAAUGUAAAAGAAAAUGAAGUCAUGACUGCUGAUGGUCGUUCAAUUUCCUAUGACUAUCUUGUCAUAGCUUCUGGUCACAAAGAUCUGUUCCCGGAAAGUAGAACAGAGAGACUUAAACAGUACCAGUCAGAAAAUGAAAAAAUAAAAUCUUCCCAGUCCGUACUGAUUGUUGGAGGUGGGCCUACUGGUGUAGAACUUGCUGGGGAAAUUGCGGUUGAUUUUCCUGAGAAAAAGGUUACUCUGGUGCAUAAUGGAUCUAGAUUGCUGGAAGUGCUUGGACCUAAAGCUGCCAAGAAGACUCUAGACUGGUUGACAUCGAAAAAUGUGGAAGUGAAAUUUAAUCAGAAAGUCAAUUUGAGUAAUCUUGCAGAUGGAAGCAAAGACUAUAAAACUUCAGCUGGAGAAACAAUCAAAGCAGAUAGCCAUUUCCUGUGCAUUGGGAAACCACUGGCCUCAGAAUGGCUAAAAGAGACUGUAUUGAGGGACAGUUUAGAUGAAUUUGGGAGGCUAGCAGUAGAUGCAAACCUCAGAAUUAAGGGCUGCAAGAAUAUCUUUGCAAUUGGUGAUAUUACAGAUCUUAAGGAAAUGAAACAGGGGUAUCUGGCACAAAAACAUUCUGCAGUUGUGGCGAAUAACAUCAAGAUAUUAAUGUCUGGAGGAAAUGAAGGUAAAAUGUCGAUUUACGAGCCUACUUCAAAGGCCAUUGCUAUUGUUACACUAGGUAGGUGUAAUGGAGUGGCUGAAUUUCCAUUUUUAACCCUCAGCGGAUUUAUCCCCGGUUUAAUAAAGUCCAAAGAUUUGUUUGUGGGGAAGACAAGGAAACUUAUGGGGCUGAACUAAGUGUCACCAGGUCAAAGAAACUACCUUUAUUAUGUAAAUUACGCCUUUUGUUACAGAUUAUAAUUUUGGAAGUCCUUUUUCAGUUUUACUUCAUAUUAUUAUUAAACUUGUUGUAUAAUAAAGAUGUUGAACAUCCAAAAGUCGAAAGUGAGCUGUUGUUCCA